UUCAAGUGAAAAAUCAUACAACAUAUAUAUAUAUAUCAUUUUGUAUUCUUCUAAAUUUUUGUUGCUCACGCAUGGAAAAGUACAGGGAGAUAGUUGUAUCGACAGGUGGUGAACAUGGUGGUGAAGAAGAGUCUUUGAGUUCAAAUAAAUCUCAGCGUGCCACUGGGAGGACUAAAUCUAUCCAUCCGCCCAUUGAAACCCGCUGGCAUCUCCCUCCUCAACAAGAAUACAAGCCUUCAAAUUUCGGCUUCAAGUCUAUAAUGUCUUUCCCGCUCAAGUUUCGAGACUCGUUAACCAGAAUUGUCAGGACCAAAAGCAUGCAAAUGGUUCUUGAAGGAGCUCAUGAUCCAAAAGAUGAACAACUUGUAGAGUCUUUCCGUAAAUUGCUUUUAGUUGAUGGCCAGCCAUUGGGAAAGCACAAUGACUAUCAUACUCUUCUACGGUUUCUACGUAUGAGGGAUUUUAAUCUUUCAAAAGCAAAGGAGAUGUUUUUGAAUUAUCUCAAGUGGCGUGAAGAUCUCGGGGUUGAUGCAAUUCCAAAGGAAUUGAUGUUUAAGGAGUAUGCAGAGGUAAAGAAAUGGUAUCCUCAUGGAUAUCAUGGAGUUGAUAGAUAUGGUAGACCAGUAUAUAUUGAAAGGAUUGGGAUGGUAGACCUUAAUUCCCUGCUGCAAAUAACUACAAUAGAAAGAUUUGUUAAGUAUCAUGUGUCAGAACAAGAGAAAACGUCAAAUUUGAGAUACCCUGCAUGUUCAAUUGCAGCUAAGACACACAUAGCAUCCACCACUAGUAUCUUGGAUGUUAAUGGAGUGGGAAUGUCUAAUUUCUCAAAGCCUGCAAGAUAUCUGUUUACAGAAAUCCAGAAGAUCGAUAGCAAUUAUUAUCCAGAGACUUUAAAUAAACUAUUUAUCAUUAAUGCUGGCUCUGGGUUUCGGAUGCUGUGGAAAGCUAUCAGGACCUUUAUGGAUGCAAGAACAAUAGCAAAAAUUCAAGUGCUUGGGAACAACUAUGUUAGUAACCUGCUAGAAGUCAUUGAUUCUAGUAAUUUGCCAAACUUUCUGGGUGGGAACUGCACAUGUUCUGACUAUGGGGGUUGCUUAUUAAGUGACAAAGGACCCUGGAACAAUCCAGAGAUCAAAGAAAUACUGCAGGCAGUUUCCACAACAGAAGAUAUAAAUGAUAAUGGAGAAAACGGUGGUACAGUGGUUUCAGAAGCCUUCUUGAAGAAUAUGAGACAUGAAGAGUCAGAACGUGUGGAAAGAAAACAUGCAGACAAGCUUGCAUUAAAAACAAUCCAGGCAUUGGAAGAUGCACUUGAAGAAACCAAGACAAAAAUUGAGGCACUGGAAGCGGCACUUGGAGGCAUCAAGAUGGUGUUGAAAGGACUCGCACAGAAUAUAGAAGAUUGAGAAGAUCAGUUUGAACUUAAUUGGCCGGGAAUUAAGAAGUCAGUCUUGAUGUCAAAUAAGUAGAGAGCAAUCAUAUCGUUGAUUGUCAUUUGUUAAGAAUAUAUAACUGAGUAUUCAUUCUCUUUCGAAUGAUUGUGGAAAGCUGAUCAUGAUACUUAUAUA